CGAAUAUAAAAACAUUUGUCACGUGUUUUCGAUUGUUUUCGAUUAUUUCGUUGAAGAAAUUCUUUGAUUUUUUUCGAUGAUAAAAAUGUCUAAUAACCAUAAAACGAAUGGAAUACGAUUAUUCAAUCAUAUUCGUAAUGAUGAAAAUCUGAAAAAUUUAUUAAUCAAAGAAGAUUUUGCAUUAUUAUUGAACGCAUUUGAAUCACAAUUUGAAUUGGAUUCGAUCGAAUCAUCAAGAUCAGAAUUCGACAUUGACUCAUUAUUUUCGAAAAAAUUACUUAAUUUUGUCAUUAAUAAUUGCAAUAUUAUAUAUUCACUAUCUGCUGUGAUCGUAUUAGCUACAUUGAUCUUAUCCGAUUCAAUAACCCAAUGGAUGGAUUUAUUGAUCAUUUUAUUUGCUUGUCUGAUUUCCUUCGUGAUAUUAUGGUUAAAAAGAAAUCAAAUCGGUUGCAAUGAAUUAUCAUUAAUCAAAUUAGCUGAACAAAUCAAUAAUGAACGUCAAUCGUUGACAAAAUUAAAAGAAUUGAUUGAAGAUAAUUGGAAUAACAAUAAUAAUAAUGUUGAAAAUAAUUGCUUAACAAGAUUGGCAAUAAAUUUCCGGGAUAUUGGUAUCCGUUGUGCACAAGAUUUUCGUCAACAAACAUUAACAUUAAAAGAAUUAUUACCAUUAAAAGCUGAUAUUGAUGAUAAUCUUUUAUCAACGAUUCCUGAAAAUUUAUAUGAAUCCUAUAAUAAUUGUGAUAUGGAUAAUAUUCGAACAUUAAAAUCAUUACGACAAUUAAUUCGGUUGCAGAUAUCGGAAUUUUUCAAACGAAUAUUAUUGGUUUAUGUUCGAAAUUAUCAUCUGAAUGAUGAAAAUUUUAUGGAAAAAUUUUCCAAUCAAAAUUUUAUCGAAAAAUUCAAUGAAAUCAUACGGAAAAUGAUGGAAAAUUCAAUUGGUCGACAAAAAGAAUUAUUGAAAAUUAUUUCAUUUCAUAAAUCAUUCUAUCUACCAUCCACUAUUCGUGAUAAUGAUGAUAAAAACGUUGAUAAAAUGAAAAAUGAAUUGAAAAUUUUAUGGCAAAAUUUUCGAAAUAUUCGUAAAUGUUUAUAUCGUUCGAUCAAUAGUAUUGAUGAUUGUGAAAUGAUUGUUGAUCAAUGCGACAACGACGAUAAUGUCGCUACCACUACCACCGAAACAUCUGAUCUCAAAAUGAUGAAAGCGAAUUUCGAUUGUAAACUAGGAUCGAUUGCCGAACAGUUAACAACAGCACAGGAUAUGAUUCAAACGAUACGACGAUCAUUACAACGUAAUGAUAAUCGACAACGAAUCAAUUCCGAACCGAUUACUCAAAAUAACGAUAUUGAUUCGAAUAUCGACGAUAAUAAUCGAUCUGGUCGAAAAAUCAAUUUGAUUCAGGAAUCUGAACCACCAAAAGAUGAAGUAUUUGAAGCAUUUAUUGAUAAUAAUGAUAAUUUUCAAAGAUCGAAUGUUUUCAAUGAUUAUGAUCAAGAUGAUGAUGAUCAAAUGGAUAAUGAAAUGAAAAUAAUGGAAAAUAAUAUGUUUAAUGAAUUACGAACAGCAUUAAAAGAUAAACAUAUUGAACAUAGAAUACGUGAAGCACGUGCACAAGGUUUAAAUGUAAAUAUUGAACAAAUUGAAAAUGAUUAUUAUCAACAACAACAACAACAAACAAUACCAAAACAAUUAAUGUUCGAUGAUACUAAUCAUGAUAAUAGUGAUGGUCGAAUCGAAACAAUCGAUUCUCAACAGCAACAACAAUCAUCAUCAUCACCGGUAAUGGGAUUGAAUUUAAAAUUUGAUUUCAAUUUAGCAAUGAAUGAUUCGAAUCAAUUAAAA